GUGUUUUGCAUAAACCAUCAGAUGCUAUUGCCAUCACAGCAGCGCAGUUCCUAUCAAUAUUAUCAUCUAGUCAUAGUAGUAGGAGUAUUCCUACCUUCGAUGCUAUCCUAGGACUAUUGGUACGCUUUCCAUGCAAUAACUUUGCCAUAGUUGAUGACCUUUGGAGUGGAAUCGCCGCAGGAGUAUACCCUAAUGCAGCGCUAUUCAACCAUAGUUGCCAUCCUAAUGUUAUACCAGCCUUUGGUCAUGGGUCUACAUUAUCCUUUAGAGCCAUACGAGAUAUAUCACCAGGAGAGGAGAUAUGCCAUAGUUAUGUUGAAUUAACUUUACCAUCAUGGAAGCGCCGAGAUGUCCUCCUUAGAGACUAUGAAUUCUUAUGCGAAUGCGAGCGUUGUGGAAAGAGAGAUGAUGAGGCACGUGUUG